AUGGCCAAAGUAAACAGCGGUUCCUCCGGUUGCCGGGCCAUGGUCAUGGCAGGAAGAUACCUGUCGAACCCGUCUCCCCCGGUGCUGACCCGUGCUCCCGGCCAGCAGCAGCGGAGGAUGUUGGGGCCCCCGCGCCGCAUGAUGAGCUCGAACGCGGCCGGCACGGGAGGAAAGACCGCGGCUUUGGCCCAGCCGGAGCAUCUGGGGUAUUUCUCCGCCGCAGACCGACAAGUGCUGGCCAACCGGAAUCUGAUAUACCGGGACGUGAAGGCUUUCCUUAAUGAAGUCGGUGGAGACCCACAGGAGGCCCGAUACUGGCUGACCCAGUUUCAGAGAGCGAGUGCAUCUCAGUCUCCUGCUUUUGCUGUACUGGAGGUGGACAGCUCUGUGUUCGACAGCAGGGAGAUGGUUCAUAGGCUGGCUUUUGGGCUCUCCUUCCUGCAGCGGAUGGAUAUGAAGCCUGUGGUGGUGAUGGGCUGGUCUGAGGAUGACGAGACGAGGCCUGCAGAACCGGGGACUGGGGCUCUCUGCACCAGGGGGCUAGUAGAGCGGAGUCAACAGCUAACCGAGGCUCUGCAGCAGCACUCGGGCACUAUCCUGCCUUUCUUCUCAGCUGAGUCCUUCCUCCUGCUGAAUGAAGCACCACGUGGAAGCAGUGUUCCACCCUCCCUUUCUUUGGAUACCAGCCUCCUCCAGUGGAGUCUGAACUGCGGGACAAUCCCAUUGGUUUGCCCAGUGGGGAGGGACUGGCGAGGUUGCUCAGUAAUGUUGGACCCGAUAGAUGUGACGGCGGCCGUUUGCCGAGCCCUGCAGCCCCACAAAGUCAUGUUCCUGAACAACUCAGGAGGUCUGCGCAGCCAAGACCACAAGGUGCUGGGCACAGUGUCGUUGCCUAGCGACCUUCCCGGUCUGUCCACAGCGGCGUGGCUGAGCGCUACGGAGCGCCGCAGAGUUACCGCUAUAGCCAGACUGCUCAAUCAGCUGUCGACCGAGUCCUCUGCAGUGAUCACCUCUGCUGACACUCUGCUGACCGAGCUGUUCAGCCACAGAGGGUCUGGGUCACUCUUUAAAAACGGAGACCCCAUACACCGGUACAGCUCUUUGGAUGGGAUUGAUGUUGAGCGUCUUCUGGCUCUCAUUAACAUGUCAUUUGAUAAAACUCUGAGGUACGAUUACAUCGACUCUCUGAAAGGACGACUGCACUCCAUCUACCUCUCUGAAGGUUACAGCGCAGCAGCCAUCAUCACCAUGGAGCCGGUGAACAGCGGCACUCCUUACCUUGACAAGUUUGUGGUGAGCAGCAGUAAGCAGGGCCAGGGUACCAGCCAAAUUCUGUGGGAGUGUAUCAGACAAGACCUGGGCAAACUGUUCUGGAGGUCCAGAGCCACCAACAAGAUCAACCCAUGGUACUUCAAGCACUGUGAUGGGAGCUUUGUUAAUGGGGUAUGGACAGUGUUCUGGUUGGGCCUGACAGACAUCAGAGAUUCCUAUGAGCUGGUGGAGUAUGCCAAGAAUCUCCCCGACUCUUUCCACGCCUCCUCUCUCACCGCCUCCCAGCAGCCCCCACCACCUGCCGCAGGGUCAUGA